CCUGUAGAAACCUCAGAUGGAGCAGAUUACUUUUGAAACUCUUAAAAACGCCAUCGAGGACAGAGGAGGCGUGGAGGAGGAGGAGAGGAGGAAGAGGAGGGAGGUGGUGGAGAGGUUUCAGACGGCGCCGUUUGAGGAGAUCGCCGCUCACUGUGGAGCGAAGGCGUCGUCUCUGCAGUCCAAGCUGGAUCAGGUCUUUGAGUUGAUCAUUCGUCCUCCUCCGUCUCCGUCCGGUCACUCGCCGCCUCGCUCCACGCCGCUCUACGAGAUGAAGUUUCCCGACCUCUGCGUCUAUUAGACGCCAAGACACCAACUCAGCAGUUUGUGUUUUCUGUCCUCAGUUACGUGACGUUCGAACACGAGGACGAACAUCAGCUCGGACUCUGGUUCCUUCAAAUAUGUGAAAUGAUUUAUAGUUGUAUUAAUUCAGUGAUUGAUUUCUGUUUCCUGUUGUUGUGUCUGUGAGUCACCACAAUAAAAUAUUGAUAUCAA